AUGGUGUUAGGUGCGAAAAAGGCUAUCCAGCAUGUGCCCAGUAAGGGCAGAAUAUCUAUAAUGAAAAUACAAAAUUUUACUGUUGAGAAACGACAAUCUGUUAUCAGAGGAAUAUACGGGUCACUGUUCAUAACACUAUCAAUAGUAUUAGCCGCUAUAAACCCUAUCAACAUCGUCACUGAUUGGACCCUAGAUAUGCGGGAAGGUCGGUACUUGUACCGUAUGCUUGAACAUCCAACGUACGAGGUAUUUUCCGACGUUUAUAUCUUCAACUACACGAAUGUGGACGACUUUCUAAGCGGAUCAGAUAAACAGCUACAAUUAGAAGAAAUCGGACCAUUCGUCUUUCAAGAAAUAAGAACGAAUGAGAACAUGUCGAUAGAUCAUGAUCGAGGUGUUAUGACCAUGAAUCCAAAAACAGUUCUGGAGUUCCGUCCUGAGAAAUCAUUCGCUCACUACAAGGACAUCGAAGUCAAGAUACCAAAUAUUGCUCUUAUUGCUAUCAGCACUCUUCUAGCAGAUAAGAUGGGGUAUUUCGCGAACGCGGGGGCCUAUUACUCCAUUUCGGCUCUGGGGUCCAAGCUCUUUAUCAACAUGACAGCUGAGGGCUUGUUGUGGGGUUACGACGAUCCCUUAGUCAACAUCGCCAAUAAGUUUCUACCUGGUUGGAUUGAUUUCGGGAAAAUUGGCAUUAUGGACAGAUUCUACGCUCAAAGAAAAGAAGAAGUAGAAAUAGAAUUAAGGAAUAAAUCAAGAAAAUUUGCGAUUAACUCCUGGAAUAAGAGCCCCGGACUUGUUGAACAGGGAUUCACUGAUUGGAAUUCAAGCUAUCCGUGCAAUCGUUUGAAGGACACAUACGAAGGUCUAUUGCUACCUCCAGGGCUUUCAAAGGACUAUGAGAUACCUCUGUUCAGGAAGCAAGCCUGUCGAGUCUACCCAUACAGGUUUACUGAAGAAAUAAUGAGUGAUCAUGGAUUCAACUUCCACAGAUAUUUAAUGAGUGAAUCCUCCUUCAACCAAUCUUCAAAGUACGCCUGUCCAUGCACUGAGAACUGUAUGCCGGAUGGCUUUGUCGAUAUAAGCAGCUGUUAUUAUGGGUUUCCCAUAGCGUUAUCUAAGCCACAUUUUCUGGACACGGAUCCCGAACAGCUUUCCUUCUUCCGCGGUUUCAAACCAGAUCCAAUAAAACACAGGUCUACCCUCGACUUGGAACCGGUGUUAGGUGUUCCAGUAGCUGUGGAGUCCAACAUUCAGGUGAACAUCGCGGUCCGAAUGUCUUCAGGGAACCCCAUCACACGACCCUUGAAGGACAAGGUCAUGCCGCUGAUUUGGAUGUCUAUGUAUUGUAAAUCUCCACCAUCGGAUAUCGUAACUCUAUUACGUCUGCGCCUGGUGAUAGCACCUCCAUUGGUGAUCGCUCUGGAAGUGGUGCUGCUCAUCCUGGGGAUGUUUUUGGGCAUUCAAGGCUUCCACAGGAUUUGGAAACCGAAGUACAAACUUGUCCAGAAACCAAAGGAAAAGGUCAGGAGAAAGAGCAGUGAGAGGCGAAAAAGCAGCGUGAUCUUGAACAUAGAGAACACUGGAUUCGUUGACGAACAAGAACUGGCUAAAGAAGCGGUUUCCUUAUUAGCAAUCACGGAGGAAGAUCACGACGUACCAGACUUAUUGCUGAACGAAUGA